AUGCCUGAUUUUGUCAAAGAGGGUGAAGCUCCAUCCCCAAAAAAGCCAGCACACGACCAGGAAGACCACACGCAUGUGGGGUCUUUCGUUAGUGAGGAGUCUCCUGAUGACCCACCAAGAAAGACAUUGCACGACCAAUUGAAGGAGCAUCGAGACAAGAAGCAGUUGGAAUUCGAACAGCAAAUGGCAAUAAGGAAUAGUUCCUUCAAAUUGGACGAAGAGUCGGCCAAAUUCUACGAGAAGGUGCAAAAUGAAGCGUUGGAAAAGGAACAGCGGAAUAAGCGGGAAGUUGAAGAGAAACUAGCCAUUUUCAAGCAGAAGAAGAACGCGAAGAGAGAGUUGGAAGAACGCAGAGACAACCAAAACGACCACAGCAGGAAAAGAACGUUGCCGGAAAUCACACCCAGCCUACCCAAGAAGUUGACCUUGACUAAGAAAGCGAAUCCCCCACCUCCAACCAAGGGAGUGGCUGGUCUUGGUGCCUACUCGUCGGAGGAGGACGAAUGA